UCCGACGCGUGCGCAGUGGUGGUAGGCGAGCCGGCGGCGGCCAGGGGCGGGCUGCACCAUGGCGGCCAGGUACGACCGCGCCAUCACCGUCUUCUCGCCCGACGGCCACCUCUUCCAGGUGGAGUACGCGCAGGAGGCGGUGAAGAAGGGAUCCACCGCGGUUGGUAUACGAGGUAAAGAUAUCGUUGUUUUGGGUGUGGAGAAAAAGUCUGUUGCAAAACUUCAGGAGGAGAGAACAGUGCGGAAAAUCUGUGCCCUUGAUGAUCAUGUCUGCAUGGCAUUUGCAGGUCUGACAGCUGAUGCUCGAAUAGUAAUCAACAGAGCUCGAGUGGAGUGCCAGAGCCACAAACUCACUGUGGAAGACCCGGUCACUGUCGAAUACAUAACACGGUUCAUUGCAACUUUGAAGCAGCGUUACACACAAAGCAAUGGUCGGAGACCCUUUGGAAUCUCUGCUCUGAUUGUGGGAUUUGAUUAUGAUGGCACACCACGUUUGUACCAAACUGACCCAUCAGGGACAUACCAAGCUUGGAAGGCGAACGCUAUUGGUCGCAGUGCCAAGACAGUCCGAGAGUUCCUGGAAAAGAACUACACCGAUGAGGCUAUCGCAACAGACAAUGACACUAUCAAGCUUGCAAUUAAGGCUCUGCUGGAAGUUGUACAGUCUGGUGGGAAAAACAUCGAGCUGGCCAUAAUUAGAAGGGAUCAGGCCUUGAAGCUCCUCGAUGCGAAAGAAAUUGAAUCACUCGUCGCAGAAAUUGAGAAGGAAAAAGAGGAAGAGACUGAGAAAAAGAAACAGAAGAAGACCUAGUUCGGGAACGUGCACAAACAGUAAUAGUAAUGCUGCAAAUAGACAUAGUUUACAACCACUCAAAGCUCCAUGGCGGGAUACAAAAUAUUAAAAGGCUGAAUGUUCUCUCUUGAUGAGUUUUUCCUCUUCCCUGCUCCACCUUUCCUUGUGGUGCUGUCUACACUUCUGACUGGAGACAUGAGUGAAGCUGCCACCAAGACACUAACAGGGCUGCUCAGAGAAUGUGGUCAGCAGAGGACCUGCCUUUAUCUAAACAACACUGGGAUCCACAUUCCGUGGCAAUGAAGUCUGGGUUGAAAGGUGCAGCAAGGUGACACCUGAAUCACCCAGGAUAUUGUAGCUUAACAUUAAUUUUAUUUAUUCACGUACGUUAGCAAUGCCAAGACGAGGUACGGAUGCAAGUUUCCUUCGAUUUGCAUGAAUAAUAGUCCUGGCACAAAUAAUUGAUCAAAAGUCUUGAACAGAAAUUAAACUGUCUGUGACUCAGCAUGGAAGCGAAGGUUGAGGGGGAAUGAAUUGUUAUUGCCUUUUCAGUUGUGUGAGUGACUGAUGGUUUGAUUUGGGAGGAGGUGAUUGAUGCAAUAUAUUUAGAUUCUCUGUCUGUGGUUUAAGCAGGGUAGAGGUCCCAUGCCAAACUCCUCCAACAAACCCUCCGGCGAGUAAGGAGGCGAGUCCAGGAUCACUGGAGAGGAAUACUGCCUUUGCAGUUAAAUAGCCUGCCAAGAAUAAAUGGUCUAAAUAUUUCCUUGACUGAAUUGCAGGUGAGUUUGGCACAAACCAGUUCCAAAAUGAGGGAGAAAAGCUGGCAAAACAAAGGGUAUGAUUUUCUUGAUCCAUCAUAUGCAUUAUGAAGUGUUGCACUGAAAGAUGUACUGUAUCCAAUCUCACAUUUACUCCCCAAAAUAAACAUUGCUAAUCUCCUUGAGCACUAAAAUUUUAAGCUCUCUACACUCCAUAUCUGAUCUCUUAUUCCACAGUGAUUUUUGUCGAGAGAGAAGAAAUAUACCUGCUGAAAAUGUUUCACGUUAGACCAGGUCAGCAACCUCCAUUUAUGUAACCCCAGCAUUGACAAAACAUCCCAAGGAACUUCACAAGAAUAUCAUUUAACCAAAACUAGUGCUAUGCCACUUUAAAUACUAUGCAAGAUGAACUAAAGCUUGAUCAAAGCAAGAGGUUUCGAGAAACUUCGUGAAGGUGGGUAAAAAGGUUUAGGAGCACGGUUCUAAAGCUUUGGCACAACUGCCUACAAUAGAACAAUUAAAUUUGGGGUGCUGGAGGCCAGAACUGAUGUAGAGAUCUCAAGAGGUUGUAAGGCUGUAGGAGAUUCGAGGGUGGGGUAGGGGACUUAAAGACAAGGAGUGUGAGAACUCUUUCUAAGGUGAAGCUUAAGAGUCAGUGUAGGUCAGUAAGAACAGGGGUAAAGGAAACAGUUACCCUUGAAACUGAUGCCUCUGAAGCUAUUUGGGAUGUUAAUGAUUGAAGGUGCUACACAAAUGGACAACCAGCGAUUUGUUGUGCAGAGCAUUUAUAUGGCAUAGGAAAGGAAGAGACACCAAUGGCCUGGAAGUGUGUUUGCCUAAAGCACUGCCAUUUAUUGGAGGAGGUACAGAACAACAUAACACUAUGACACCACUUUAGUGUGUCAAGAGAAAGUACAAAGUUGUUUACAGAAGGGCAUUUAGUAUUUUGUAUCUUGCAAAUUAGCUGUUGUAUGAUUUAAUGUGUUCUUAGUUUUUUUUCCUGAAAUGUUAAUUUAGUUAGACCUUUUUUCUUUGCACAAUUGAGGUUAUCGUUACAGUUGUGCCUUGGUUUGAAAAAAAAUAUUCUGCUUGAGAAUGUCAAAUAAACUCUGGGGCAGUAUUUGAAA